AUGAUAAGAAUCCCAACUAGACCAAAAGCUUCCUAUGGUAACAAGAGAGAAGAUAACUUAACUUCAACCAAUGAUCAAGGAAAUAAACGUCCUUGUAACAGAGAUAGAUCACCAUCAGCAAAAUCUUCACCGAAUUUGUCCUCUUCAUCACGUUCUUCGUCAACAUCAUCAAAUUCAUCAUCAACGUCAAAUUCAUCAUCAACUUCAUCAAGUACUAACACUUCAUCAUCAACAAGUGAAAUGGAAGACCUUGAAAGCACUGUAAUUGAUUUGCAGUUGAGUGAAACAAGUAAUGAAGACAUACACGUUGAAAGGGAGAAAUUGAAAAAACAAAGGGAAGAAGACAGGAAGAGAAGGGAAGAGGAAGAGAAAGAAAGGAAACGGAUUGAGGAAGAAAUUAGGAAAGAAGAAAUAGAAUUAGAGAUGGAAGAAAAGAGAAAAAAUGAACAGAAAAAGAAAGAUGAAAUGAAGAAGAAAGAAGAGAUGGAGGCACAGAGAAAGAAAGAAGAAAUGAGAAAAAUUGAGGAAAAAAGACAGCAAGAGAAAAAGGAAGCACAGAAUGAGGAAGAAUUGAGAAAUAGUGAGAUAGAAGAACAACGGAAAAAAGAGGAGGAAAUGAAGAAGAUAGAAGAGGAGAAAGAGAAAGCAAGAAAGAAAGAGGAGGAAAUGAAGAAGAUAGAAGCAGAGAAACAAAGAAAGAAUGAGGAGGAGAGGAAGAUACGAGAAGAGGAGAAAGAAAGAAAGAAAGAAAGAGGAGGAAAUGAAGAAGAAAGAAGAGGAGAAAAAGGAUGAACAAAGAAGGAAUGAAAAAAAGAAAGAACAAGAGAAGAAAAAUGAAGAAGAAAUUAAUAAAACAGAAAAGAAACGAUUGGAUGACAGACAAAGAGAGAACAAAAAGAAACUAAAUAAAGCUGAAAUGAUAAGAAAUUACCAACAAAAAAGAAUUAGACUGAAUGUAUCUGGAAAGAUAUACGAAACAACAACCACUACACUGAAGGCAUCUGCAGGAGUUUUAAGU